UGCGUCUGAGACUUCCAAGUAUUAUUAAAUUGCAUUUAUCAAUAGCAAAAUGAAGCGGAAAACAAGUGAAAUCUGGUGUUUCUUUCGAGCCGUCGAUGACACUUUUGCUCUUUGCAACAUAUGCAAGGCAAAGUUGUCAUAUAAAACGACCACUACUAAUCUAAGUAAACAUAUGAACAGAAUGCAUCCCAAUGUAAACGGGACAGCGUCGCAACAUAAUCGCAAAUAUAAAAUAGAGUCCCAGUCGAUUGAUCGCCAUCGAGGUAAGGCUCGAAAUCCGGCGCAGGAAUUAAUAUUACUCAACUUCAUAAAGAAGCAUCCUGGAUUGCUGCAAAGUCCAUCUUGGGAAACACGGAAUUCAUAUGAAGCGCUUUGGGAUCAACUCGUAUCCGAGCUAAAUGACAAUGGCCCGCCACAAAAAGACGUAGCGACUUGGAAAAAGGCAGUAAAGGACUGGAAGAGAUUCAUCAUCAAGAAAGUGGAGAAAAACGAAAUGCACAAUAUACCGCUAGCAACAGGACUUAGUGCGGCUGAGGAAACCAUAGCUAGUUUGUGCCGUUUAAACGAUGAUGUCGGUCAAAUAAUUAUGAAUGCAUCAGACGAUGAUUUACUGGACACCUCGAAUAAUACAUUUGAUGUGGAUGACGUGGAAGACGUUGUGCCUGAAGAAGAGGAUCAUAGCGCGCUGCAAGAUGCAUCCGGAUUCGCUUAUGAACCGGACGAUUGUAAAGCAGACCUCGACAUAGACCCGCUUUUUUUGCAGAGCCGCAAAAGGUCAUCAUAUAAAGAAGGAGGCAUUAAAAGAGAGCUUGAAACGUUGAGUAAAAGGAUCAGUUCGGUCAACGAUGCAACGUGUAGCACGCAAUUAGCUAUUAAUGAAUUUUGCGCCCUCUAUAAACAGAAAUUGAUUGAGGAUAAGAGGCACCACUCGGUUAUUGAACAAUUGAUGGCCGAGAAAAAUGAUUUAAAGAAACAACUUUUGGAAAUUGAGCAAAGAAAAUUGUCAUUGAAAUAACGAGACGUUGCGAUUUUGCUUAUUUACCAAUACCAAUUUUGUAGUAUAUAGUUAGACAAAAAUUAAGAUAAUUGUAUAAUACGCCUUUUCGUGAAUAUUCUAUUCACAAUUUAAUGUUAUGUCUCAAAAAAUACAUAUGCUAAAUGAGUCAAUUUAGUAAAGAUAAAGCUUU